AUGAUACUACGAGGGAAUACACUAGGCAAGUUUGCUAGCAUUGUACGAUGCUACUCCACACCAGUCAAUAGCGUCAAAUUGGCAAAGACGCGGAACAUUGGAAUCAUUGCGCACAUCGAUGCAGGUAAAACCACCACCACCGAGAGAAUGAUCUACUACAGUGGGAAGAGUAAAAGAAUCGGCAAUGUCGACGAAGGAGACACAGUCACGGACUAUUUACCCUCGGAAAGGCAGCGUGGUAUCACGAUCCAGUCUGCCGCAAUCACGAUUCCAUGGAACAACCAUAAAAUCAACAUCAUCGACACUCCCGGCCAUGCCGACUUUACAUUCGAAGUGAUUCGCUCAUUGCGGGUUCUUGAUGGAGCAGUGACAAUCUUGGAUGCAGUGGCAGGGGUAGAGGCACAGACCGAGAAAGUAUGGAAGCAGGCAAGCCAGUUGAAGUUGCCCCGCCUUGUGUAUGUCAACAAGAUGGAUCGCCCAGGUGCAGGUUUCAGCCGAACAGUCAAGGAAGUAGUGCGCAAGUUGGGAACAAGGGUGGUCUUGUGCAACACGCCAUAUUUCGAAGCCCAAGGUUCAGAGUUGGUCUUUAAAGGGGUGAUUGACGUGAUUCACGGCAAGUUGCUCAAGUGGAAGGAAGAAGAUGAGUAUGGCAAGGAUAUAGAUGUCGUUGACAUCAAGGAUACAUCUUCUCAAGUGUACGAUGUGUAUUGCAAGUCGCGAGAGUGCAUGAUCGAGACUCUUGGCGAAUACGAUGACGCCAUAAUCGAUGCCUUUUUGGACAAUGACGAGGACUACCUAAAGAUACCACCAGCCUUGUUGCAUAAAACCAUCCGCGCGGCAACGAUUGAUAAUUUCUUGACACCGAUUUUUUGUGGGGCCUCUUUUAAAAACAUCGGAGUCCAGCCUUUGAUGGACGGAGUCACUACUUAUUUGCCUUCGCCGUUGGAAACGAGUUUACCCAAAAUAACAAGCAAGACGAAAGAAAUUUUGUCGCAGAUGGGGCCCGCUGGUUUAGUUGUUGACAACAAUGUUAAACUCACAGUGGGCAUCACGUUCAAAGUCAUGACCCACGCGACAAGGGGACCAAUGACUUUUAUUCGAGUCUACAGCGGCCUGCUCAGCUCGGGAUCGCAUGUGUUAAACACCAGAACCGGGCAAAAGUUGCAGAUUAGAAAACUUUUGAUCUUGCACGGAGACGAGCCAGAGGAAGUGAAAUCGAUUGGCGCGGGCAACAUUGGUGUGAUUCCCGGUUUCGAAACCGAGUUCCAGACUGGUGACACCAUCGUUUCAACUGGUACUCAAAAGAACAAGAUUGCCAAUGAGCACUCGACAAUCAAAUUGAUGCCAAUAGAUAUACCUCCACCGCUAUUCAACUCAUGCAUAGAGCCGUUUACUGCUGGAGACGAGACGCACAUGAAGAAAUGCUUGGACACGUUGGUCAGAGAGGACCCUUCGUUGAAAGUCCACGUCGACGAGGAAAUGGGGCAAACAGUUGUCAGCGGCAUGGGCGAGCUUCAUUUGGAGAUUGUGCGCGACCGUUUGAUCAAUGACAUGAAAGCCAAGGCGAACUUGCGCGACGUUGCCGUUGCUUUUAAGGAGUCCUUUACUGGGAAGAAGAAAGGGCUCGGAAGUUACGAAGAUGAGAAUAUCAAAAUCAAACUUUCCAUGGAGCAUGUGGAAAACUGCAGGGACUAUGAAAUAUGCGAGGGCGCCAUAAUUUAUGAGGAUGAAAACAACGUGAUCAUCAUCGACAAGACUGCCGCGUCGGAUGCCGUAAGGACAGCGCUUAGUGACCGAAGAUGGAAAUGCCCCAAUUCCAUGGAGGAGUUGGAAGAAGCCAUUGUGAGCGGGUGCUUGACCUCGUUCCAAGUUGGUGGCCCGAUUCUAGGAAUGAACUUGAACUCGACAUUGGUUCGAAUUGAGCACUGGGAUGCACCAGUUGACAAAAACGAGGAGUUGAUCCCGCUGUUGAUGAAUGCGGCUCGACAGGCGAUUCAAGAAACUAAGAAAAACGAGUCCGACUUUGGUGUUUUGGAGCCAAUAAUGAACACCAAGGUCCACGUCGACUCCGCUGACUUGGGUGAAGUUUCCCACGACUUGUCCCUGAGAUGCCAAGCCGUCAUCGUGUCGGUUGAAGAUGAAUCCUUGCACAACAUCGAGGCUGCAAAUUGGGCCAACGACGAGGCCGAGAAAGUGUACCUCCCACCGGAUUACACCAUGUCCAAGACCGCCGCCUCCAAGGACAUUGCAAAUAAAAAAGUGAUCACAGCAGAGACCCCGUUGAAGGAGAUGAUUGGAUACUUGUCGAAACUUCGCUCCAUCACUCAAGGCCGCGCUACGUUCGAUAUGACCUACACGGGCAUGAGACGCGUGACUUCAAGCAGACUCGAAUCCUUGAUCAACUCUCAUACUCUGGGAUAG